AGCCCGGCGACGGAACACGCGUGUGUGCGGACGCAGUUGCGUGAGGGGUUUUUUGCUUUUUGCUGUGCUGUGGAGCAGAGCUUGUUCCUCUCCCGCUCAGCCGUGCAGGUUGAAUUGACCAAAGCAAUGGUUAUGGAGAAGCCUAGUCCCCUGCUGGUCGGGCGGGAAUUUGUGAGACAGUAUUACACACUGCUGAACCAGGCCCCAGACAUGCUACACAGAUUUUAUGGAAAGAACUCUUCUUAUGUCCAUGGGGGAUUGGAUUCAAAUGGAAAGCCAGCAGAUGCGGUCUAUGGACAGAAAGAAAUCCAUAGGAAAGUGAUGUCACAAAAUUUCACCAAUUGCCACACUAAGAUCCGUCAUGUCGAUGCUCAUGCCACCCUGAAUGACGGUGUGGUGGUCCAGGUGAUGGGCUUGCUCUCUAAUAACAACCAGGCUUUGAGGAGAUUCAUGCAGACGUUUGUUCUUGCUCCUGAGGGCUCUGUUGCAAAUAAGUUCUAUGUUCAUAAUGAUAUCUUCAGAUACCAAGAUGAGGUCUUUGGUGGCUUUGUCACUGAGCCUCAGGAAGAAUCUGAAGAAGAAGUAGAGGAACCUGAAGAAAGACAGCAGACACCUGAGGUGGUACCUGAUGAUUCUGGAACUUUCUAUGAUCAAACUGUCAGCAAUGACUUAGAAGAACAUUUAGAAGAACCUGUUGCUGAACCAGAGCCUGAUCCUGAACCAGAGCCAGAGCAAGAACCUGUGUCUGAAGUCCAAGAGGAAAAGUCUGAGCCAGUAUUGGAAGAAACUGCUCCUGAGGAUGCUCAGAAGAGUUCUUCUCCAGCGCCUGCAGACAUAGCCCAGACAGUGCAGGAGGACUUGAGAACCUUUUCUUGGGCAUCUGUGACCAGUAAGAACCUUCCACCCAGUGGAGCUGUUCCAGUUACUGGGAUACCACCUCAUGUUGUUAAAGUACCAGCUUCACAGCCUCGGCCGGAGUCUAAGCCUGAAUCUCAGAUUCCACCGCAGAGGCCUCAGAGAGAUCAAAGGGUGCGAGAACAGCGAAUAAAUGUUCCUCCCCAGAGGGGACCUAGACCAGUCCGUGAGGCUGGUGAGCAAGGUGACGUUGAACCCCGAAGAAUCGUGAGACACCCUGACAGUCACCAACUCUUUAUCGGCAACCUGCCUCAUGAGGUGGACAAAUCAGAGCUUAAAGAUUUUUUUCAAAAUUAUGGGAAUGUGGUGGAGCUGCGUAUUAACAGCGGUGGGAAAUUACCCAAUUUUGGGUUCGUUGUGUUUGAUGAUUCUGAGCCUGUUCAGAAGGUGCUUAGCAACAGGCCCAUCAUGUUCAGAGGUGAGGUCCGUCUGAAUGUGGAAGAAAAGAAGACUCGAGCCGCCCGGGAAGGGGACCGCCGAGAUAACCGCCUUCGGGGACCUGGAGGCCCUCGAGGUGGGCUGGGUGGUGGGAUGAGAGGCCCACCCCGUGGAGGCAUGGUGCAGAAACCAGGAUUUGGAGUGGGAAGGGGCAUUGCUCCAAGGCAGUGAAUUGCUCUUCACCGAUCUUCAGGCAGCAGUACAAACCCUAGCUCCCACAGAAUGGUGAAUUUCUUCAUCCAGCCUUUGGUAUCUCGGAAUCUGAUCCUAGUCUAUGAUAAACUGCUUAAGUUUGUACAAUUCUACUUUUUGUGUUACUGGUGUGUGCUCCUUCCCCUCUCACCCCCACCCCCCCACCUUUUAGUCCUUCACUUCCAGUUUUGUGGAAUGAUAUUUUAGGGAAAACGGAUUUUUAAAGAAGAAAAAAAAAAAAGACUGCAUUUCCUUGCUUUAUUUGCAUAUACAGACUGGAUUUUUUUUUAAACAGUUUCCCCAAAGGAAUGUGUCUUGCUUAUUACUGACAUUUGGUAUGUUUCAUUCAUUGGAAUAUUUCUUACUUAUUUUCUACAUGUUUCAAAAGCCUGUGAGAAUUACAGGAUUUGAUAAACAUUUUGAAGGCAGGAAGACCCCAAAUUGUCUCUUCUUUGAGAGUCAUGACUACCUUCUGGUGUGGAAAAAUUGCCAUUGGAAAAAUCGACAAUUUAGAUUCUCUCUGGUAUGGUUAAAAACUGAAUAAAAGGUGUUAGUAGAGUUUUUCUUUGGAUACGUGGUCGCAAAACAGUUCCAAAACCUACUGUUUUUACCAUUGAAAUUUAAACUGUGAGAUAGGUUUUAAAUGUCUAGAAUGCAACUGAUAAGCUUUUCUUGAACUGUUAGAUUUUUUUUUUGAAGUUGAGUUUUUUCAUGUUUAAUUUGUAUUUGUAAAAAAAAAACAAACCAAAAAAACCCCAAAAAAUUUCAAAAAUCUGAAUAACACAAAACCAGAGCAAAACUGUUGUGCCUUCUAUUUAUCUUUGAUUCCAGUCUUGGCAAUUGUUUAAAGAAAAAUAAUAAAAAAAAUAAACUUAGAUUUGUUCUCAUAGGUUCAGAGUAUGUUGGGAAUUAUAGACUCCCUCUUUCACCCUGAAUGUCUUAUGUUCAUUUGUUAUGCCUUAUUCUGAAAUUGAGUCUCAAACUGGAAUGCUUUUGAGGUCAGAUGCUUCUGUAGAGUUCCUUUGACCUGAGUAGUUCAGCAUUUGUAUUAAGUUUUAUUUCAGUGUCUCUUCAGAAUCCUAAUCAUGGCCCUUAAGAAAGAAUGUGACUUUAAUAUUGGACUUUGCUGGUGUGCUUGAGUGUGCACUAGUUUUUUUUCUGAAAUCAUAGCCAUAUGGUAAAUUUUCUAUUUUGUUAUGGUUCCCUUUUAUUGGUGGGCAUGCAGUGGGUGUUUCUUGGAAAUGGCCAAUUUUUAUUAAAAUGUUUCUGGAAGAAAAUUUAAUCUGGCAAUAUAGACUAAUACUCGUUUUGCAUAGUAUGUUACUGUUGAGUGCUCUUUGGGAGAUGGGUGAAGGUUUUGUUUACACGUUUGUGAAGCAAGCCUUUGCGUGAUAACUUGUCAUUAAUUGAAGGGCAAUGAGGUUGUCAAAUUUAACUUAUUUGUUUUCUUAACAGUAUUCAUCUUUAGGACUAUUGUUUGAGGAUAGAAUAUUAGUAGGAAUAGGAAUGUUUGUUUUGCUGUUACUGGGAAUCUCUAUGUUUGCUGAAGGGUGUAGCCUUAAACUAAAAUGAAGUUUGAUGUUAUCAGUUGACCCUCAGUACCUCAAAUAUUUGAAAAUUGGCAACAUUUCUUUCACAUAAAGAGACUUAUAUAACUGAGUCACAUGGCUGU